GCUUGCUGAUUUUUGUCCCUCUGUGGCACCAGUAGAAACACUUCCGGUGAACGCAGCUGGCGUGUUAGCGCUUUUUGUGAAGGUCGUCUUCUCACUUGUGAUAAGCCAUGUCUCUGCCGAAGCCAGUGAUGAGAGGGUUGUUGGCCAAGCGCCUGAGGUUUCAUCUGCCCAUCGCAUUCUCUCUCGCCAUCGUAGCUGCAGUUGCAUUCAAGUUUGGAGUAACGGAGCCCAGGAAGAAGGCCUAUGCUGACUUCUACAAGAAUUACGACUCGGUCAAAGAGUUCAAUGCUAUGAGGGAGGCGGGCAUCUUUGAGAGUGUGAGGCCCUCUGUGAAGUGAAGCUGCUCUCUGCUACCCUGUCUUUCAUUCCUGUCUUGAAGAUGGUUCCCAUUUGAUGUUUGCUAAUCAGAUGUGAACACCGUUCUGCUGUUUGUUCAACUGAAAAAUAAAACAUUCUAUAAAUGA